GUCUUAUCUUCUACUUCCGUCUAGGGCUGAUCAUUUGAGAGGACAUUCGGAUAAAGUUCAAAAACCGAGAUCAAAUCGUUUACGUCCGGAGUUUCGUUUCUCGCACCGAGCAGGGAAUUACUGGAAUUCUCUACCGGAACACGUAAUAUCAGCACCUUUUGUUACUAUAUUCAAGACGAGAUUGGACCUACACAGCAUUACAAACUGCAAGGAUUAAUAUAGGUCGAUAGACCUCCUAUCCUUAUUACUGAAGAUCUGAUUAGUUGCUGCGACGAGUGGCAGAGAUAUCUGAAGUAGUUCUGUGAAGAACAAACUGAUUAUGUGUAAGACCAUUUUGGAAAGAGUCGUAUUUACCCAGGGCGCGAAGUUUGGUUUUUGUUCUCCCUUCCCUCUUAUUAACUAAGUACGGCAUGUAUGAUGUUUUUUUAGAUCUUUCCUAUACUCCAAUUAACGCUGAUUACACGUGUUACAUUUCAUUUUGUGAAUUCGACAUGUUCAGGUUGCAUCUUAUCGUUUUUUAAUAUGUCUAAAAGUGAAGAACGUUUAUUACUGAAAAGCAUCUGUGGGGAAGUUGUUAAAGAUACGUUUCUUGAGGCAAAAGACUCUUAUGGAAACUGGUACCCUGUGAAGGUCCUCAAAGUUGAUAAAAGUAGAGUAAGUCAAUAAUGUAAUCAGUAUGUUGCAUGUUAGCACAAACGGGUGUCAAGAAACUCUUGAGUGUUUAAAAUCUUUCUUGAUGUGUGGUCUAUUUAGCGUGUUAACUGGCUUCUGCAAACAAAUGUCAGCCUUUUCUGUAGUCAAUACUGUCCAUACGGAUUUAUUCUGUUUCUGGCUUCACCGAAAAAUAGAUUGAUCACGAAGAGCCUGUACAUUACUCUCUUAGGUUCCAGUUUAUAGCUUUAACAACAAAUAUACUUGCCUGCCAUGCAAAAACAUGCCUCGUCACCCAGAGUUCCCGGUUUUAAUGUUUUUGUGUACCAUAUUUCCUAUUUAUCUAUCAACUUUAAAACAGGAAUUCAAUAACACCGGAUUUAAUGAAGCGUGUUUCGGCAUGUCAUGCUAUGUGUUUAGGUAAACUGACGGCUUUUACAACAUUAGAUCUGUCAGACUUUUAAUCAAAUAUAUAUGGAUUUCUGGGAUACUAAAUACUUCCAUCUUACCCAUGACAUGCAUAUUUAUUGGCCCACUGUGUUACGAUAAUCCCUGCUUGUUCCAAACCUGUUCGAAACUUUAGACUAACUACAGUGUUUUGUUUUCACUUGCACUUUAUUUACCAGCAUAUUGUUAAUAAACUACAUAUUUAUCUUCCACUAACCAAUGUCGCAACUAAUAUCAUUACAAUUACUUUAAUUACCUUAACUAUUUGAGGUAGUUGGUCAGUGGUCUGGUGGUUAAAAAUACACUUUACAAGUAAUGUACAGGUUCUGUGUUUUGAGCAAUUCUAAGAGCCAGUGAUGCUACCCAGCUAACUAGACAGGACUAGGUUGGGCAGGGUUCGAAGUGACAACCUUGUGAUUGAAAUCUGAGUAUUGUAAUCACUAAACUAAGACUGUCGUCAUAAUUUACAGUUUGAGGUCCGCCCGCACAGGCAAUAUAGCUUAAAGCCAAGAAGAUAAAUAUGCAAUUAGUGAGAUUUACUGCUCAGUAUAAAAGCUCAAUAUACUACAUUUGGCUGAAAUCUUGUACUCUACAUACAGAAAACUUCAUUUACCAUGUUCACUCUCUACUCUUUGUAACUGAAAAUGAGUCCUCACUAUGAUCACUUUAACUUCACUUUUAUUUUUAAAGCGAAUGUCAAACAGGUGAAUUCAGUAAUGAGAUUAUUGGGGUGCUUUAUAUACCUUUAUGGAAACCUAUUUGUCUCCAGAGCGCGGAUUAGUUCAAGUUCAUAAUCAAAGCAAACAACAUUAUUGAAAUAGCUUUGCAGAUAAUUGAUCAACAUUCGAUUGGUCUGUGGCUGGAUAUGUUCUCGUUCAGUUAUAAGUUAGUCUCAACUGGCAGUAUCUGUCAUUGAAAGGUAUACCUCAGAAGUACAUAGACCUUGUGAAGGCUGUUUACUCGAACACUACUAAUCGUGUCAGAGCUUAUGGCGAACUGUUAUCUGAUUUUGCAACCUUAAUUUGUGCCCAUCAAGACUGUUCACCAUCUCCAUUUUUGUUCGACUUCAUUAUAGAUAUACUGAUGGAAAUAACGCUCUCGUCGACUGAGUUUUCGGACAUUGAUCUCCUUCCAGGAAGUCCACUUAUCGACUUAGAAUACGCAGAUGAUAUAGUCCUGUUUGGUGAGAACACUGAUAAAAUACAGUCUUUUGGUGGUCUGAGCAACAAUCUCAGGAUGUUUGGAAUGCGUUUCUCCACCUCUAAAUGCACGUUGUCGCUUCAGAACUGGCCUGCGUCAACACUUGAACUAAAGAUAGGAAGUGAAGUAGUCAAACGCGUUGACAACUUCACUUAUCUUCGAAGUCUGGUCAUCCCAAAUGUAUUGCUGUCUGACGAGAUUUCAGCACGGAUUCGAAAAGCUCGUUUGGCUUUUGUCAACUUACGUCAUCUGUGGCGAAGGCGAGAUAUCUGUCUAUCAAUAAAAGAACGAGUAUACUGCGCGGUAGUUCGUGCUGUUCUACUUUGUGGCUGUGAAACGUGACCAUCAAGAGUAGAAGAUGCUCAUAAACUACUAGUAUUUGACUACAGAUGCCUUAGAAGUAUAGCUCGCAUCUGCUAGGAUCACCGGGCAGGUAAUAAUGAAGUUAGACACAGGGUAUUAUGGAUGGGCCACGUGGCACGCAUGCCUGAACACCGAUUACUGCGACACGCAAUGCUGACUAGUGUUGGGGAUGGUUGGAAGAAAGUUAGGGGAGGUCAAACCAAAACGUGGCAUCAGUCUCUGAAGUCAUUAGCUUCUGGUCUGAGCCAUAUUGGUAGGUGCACACAACUUGGUUGGGGUCCGCGCGACUAUCGUAACAAAUGGUUAGACUCUGGGUGACAUAACUCAGGAUCGAUCACAAUGGUGUAGGUGUAUACACCCUUUGUCUUCCCUUAAACCGUGAGAUUAAAAUUGCCUUAUACCUUUAUUUCUACGAACUAAUUCUUUCUUCCUAUGUCCUUUUUUAUAUUACUACCAUUGAAGUGACUACUAUAAAUUUGGUGUUUAUCCUGUGCUAAUGUGGUGUGGUAACUUGGACCAUUGUAUAUAUGUGCCUGGUCCUACGUUGUAGCUGAUUGACAUGAAGGCACGAAAUAUAUAUGCACUACAUAAAUGAUUCAAUUUAUAUGGGGGCUGGAAUACUGUCCGGGUGCCCGAAUCGAAGCAGGUGGUUUUCUUAGGAAGACACUCCUCGAGUAUUUGAACUAAGCGUAUAAUCCACAAGGCAAUGGAGCAACGGUAAGAGAUGCAGUCUCAUGGUACCUGGUGACCGAGAAUGGGUUAAUACAUCAGUUGUUCUCUAACGAUCCUGGACUCUAUGUGCGUCAUUGGUUUGGAAUCAAGGUUUUCCAACUCCCCUAGGUAGAUCCUCCGUAUCAACCAACCUGGUUAAACCACCAAACAUUCGCUUUUCGCCCUCUCAAUUUCGUAAACGUCACUCUCCCUUCGAGAAGGCAGGAUAGGACUUCCCUGACAGUGGCUGUAUACACGUGGCCAUGUGAGAGCAUUUGGAGAGGGAGAUUGGACUCUACCCACCCUCGACCGUGCCAGGACAUUUGAGGGCACUAACUUCUAAUCGGCGAGUUACUUUCUGCAUCCAGCUCCUACUCGGGUUUAAGCGGACGUGUGGUAUCUCUAUCCUUCAUACAAUGUUAUGGUUUGAAAGCAGAUACGUAACUGCGUAAUCGUUAAAUGAUUUACAUAAUUCGUUAUUUGCAAAGAAUGUCUUAUUUUAUUUCCAGGUUCAUGUUCAUUUUUGUGAUUGGAGUUCACGCUAUGACUCUUGGUAUCCCAUAAAUUCAAAAUGCUUACGCGCUGUGAAAAAAGACUUCACAAAGGAUACUGCGAAACUGGCAAAACCCUACCCUUUUAACUGUUCGAUGAACAAAAGUCCAGAAACCAGUGCUAGCCAUUUUGACGUGGGUAGCUAUGUAAUGGCUGCAUGGCGCAACGACUUCGAAUAUCUUGCUGAGGUUCUAGCCCAUCGUCAGCGACACGGCACAAGAGCAGAGUAUCGUUUGCGCUAUAUUUGGGAUCGUGUUGUAGAGUGGACACCCGUCAACAAGUUACGCAAAGCAACUCAAUAUGAAAUCGAUUAUGUUUUGAAAUUUUGCAAAGAGCAAGGCUCACUAUCUGCAAAUAAAAUCCCCAAUAAAUUUGAUCUGCAACAUUCGUGUAGUAGUAGUAGUAGUAGUGAGUAUAUAUCAGGAAUACCUCGAGCUAAAAGAAUAAGAACAACUCUGUCAGAAAGCAGGUCAACAGACCGUGCCUUAGAUUCUGAAAUACCAAAGUAUCGAUCACGUCCUACUCGUGCAAGUACUAGCAGUUCAUCUGUCUUAGAAGACAAGAAGAUUCUUCACCCAACAUUGUAUGAUGGGAUUAUCGAACAGGAUGGAAUGGUCUAUGACAAGAUUGUUUUUCAAUUUCAUGAGGCCUGUCGAAGACGCCGUGAAUUGAAGAGGAAAGCUAUCGAAGAGAAUGAGAUGUAUCUAUAUGGAUUCGAUGGUUCUGUGUCUGUCUUAGGUCAAACAUCCUCCGAAAGGUCAAAUCACCAAACAAGACGUGAUCCCAAUUUACUGAACAGCCCUAAAAGUAGUUCUGUAAGAGCUGAAAAUUAUACAACAGAAAACACAGUUACGCCACCAUUGGGAUCGCCAAUCUCAUCCUCUCAGAAAAGUGACGAAAUAAAAGAAACGAAGCUGUUAGAGAAGGCAUCUCAUCUCUCAAACAGUUCAUUAAAUUUGUCUGAGUCAAGUAAAUGUGAUGAACGACCACGUCGAACUAUAGUAUACAAAAGAGAAGCAGAAAUAAAAAUAUCUAGUAUGCCUAUCCCAAGAGAGAUUUUCACGAAAGUUCCCGCCAAAUCAGCUGCUCCUGUUGUAUAUCCAUGCCCUCACUGCUCUCGUCAGUUGCGAAAUUCAAAAUUACUCGACGCUCACAUUGUUAAUUAUCACAAAAGUGUAUCUGGUAGCACAAAAUCCACAACACACACGAAAAAAGAAAUUUAUCAGAAUCGAUAUUUGCCAUGGAAAUCUCAUAUGCAGUUAUCUUCUCUUGGCCCAAUGUCAAAGGAAAAACCAAGAUCAAGUGCUCCUGAGUUCACCAGACUUCUUUCUUGUCACUGUUGCAAUGCACGAGCAUAUGCUACAGAAAAAGAACUUGGUCUUAUUCAAUGUUCACAUUGUUUAUGUUGGUUUCAUCGUUUGUGCGGUGGUACUUCAUUUGACUCGAAACUAUUUUCAAAUGUAGACUUGUUGAGUAAUAACGAACUUUGUUCACCUGUUGUUUGUAAUAAUUGUCGGAUGGUUUUACGUCCAGCUAGGAGAUCCCGCAGAAACGAAUGGCGUACGGGGUUACUACGAUCACAUGACCUUAACUCUGAAUUUUCAAAACGAGGUCUGUUAACUGAUGUGUCGUCUAUUUUGAAUAAAGCCUGUCAGUUACGUCCAUUAUUAGCUUCUGGGUGGCAGAUAUUGAACAGGUCAAAUUUGCCUUCUGUGUCUGAUCAAGUAAAGCAAGAUUCUGGCGUUUUCAAAAAUGCCUAUCAAGACGCAUCCAAACCAAGUGAAUUUCCAACAUCGAAGUUUGCUGGAAGUAUCAAACAUACAGCUCCCGUUAUACAUACCCCUGAAGAUCAAGUCAAUCGUCUCUAUAUGGAAUUGAGGGGUAUAGCGUUUGGAAAUCUUUCUGAAGCUAAUGGUGAAAUCACUGCGUCUAAGUGUGAUCACUUACAGCUACCAAACGAUAAUCAUACUUUUUGCAUUUCUACUCCGGACUCUGAAUGUCCUAAUACCAACUGGCCAUUAGACGAAGCAAUUAACGGUUCUGCUCAGUCGGAAUCCGUUUCAUACCAAGUUACUGAUCCUACUUAUCAUAUUGCCUCUCAAGAUUUGUCAGGAUUUCUUCAGGAUCUUGGUCCCGAUAUCAUUCCAGAAAUUUCAGGUUUUAAUGUUGAUGGAGUGAUAAAUAUCAGUAGUGUUACUUCUGAUUCCUGUUCUGUAGAUGAAUUUUUGAAGGUACCCAGAUCUUAUCCAGAACAGCCACCCGUUUCACAGAAUAAUGAUAAGUUAUGUAGAGAGAACACUGCUUUGCAGUUGCUUUGUUCUCAUCCUAGGAUUACUAAUACGUCUGAUAAAGAUCUAGGUACUAUUCUUGAUAUUUCUGCUUCGGAAGAUUCUACUCUAAGUCCUUUGAAAUAUUUUUCCAAUACUGUAUGUAAUAAUCAUUUAGAGUCAGGUCAGCAACUUCUUUCAUGCGAUUCUAAUAUCCCUUCAACCUUGUCACCUGACAAGCCUAUGAUUCAAACAUCCGUUGAUGUCAAAAUCAACAGAUCCAAUAUCGAUGGUGGAAUUUCAGUCAAUGAAUCAAGUGACAGAAUUUCAACUAAUCAUUUGGGAACGGGUGUCGGAUCAGAUAUUAUUAACCUUUCUAUUCCAAAAUGUGCACGUUCAAUCAUCUCUGAUUUACUGAGUAGUCCUUUAAAUGAUUUCGUUACACCUUGUGUCAGUCAGCAGUCUGAUCUAAAAGGAUCUAAUAUUCUGCAUACAUCUUGCACAUCGAAUGAAUUUGUACACCUCUCAUCAACGUCUGGAUUAAAUUCUUUGGACAUUGACUGGUUAGAGGCAGAUAGCCAUAAUCAGUCUGUGAAUUCUUCUACUAGUCCAGUGUAUCAAAAUAAUGUCAAGAUAUAUGACCAUUCCACGUUGAAUGAGUUUUCUGAUCUUGCCAACCAUAUAACAAAUUUAAGCAACAUGACCUUUCAUUUUUCAGUUGAACAGCUCAGAAAGUUAGCACAAACUCAAGAUAACUUGUUGAACGUAGAUGAGUGUAUCUUAACGCCAUUUGAAAAUGCUCUAAGUGUUAUGGAAGCCCAGUUGGAUGUAAUCACAACCCAUGUUACCAACUUUGAACAACUGCAGAAAUAUGAUCAUAAUAAUAUGAAUACAGAAUGCGGUUAUUUGGAAGACGAGAAAGUUCCUUCAUACACAAAACAUCAAGGAACAAACCAAGUUCUUACUCCCAGAAGUCCUUUAAAUUUAUCUCAGUCAUCUAAUGGAGUACAUGCGACAUUUUCCUGGGGGAAAAUGAAUGACAAAGCUUCGUUUCCCUUUGUUCUCGAAGGUGCAAAACAUAAAGAAUAUAAGAUAGAUUUAGAAACUUAUUUAGAAAGUGCCAAAACUGCGGCUCAAUAUCUUUACCGUCUACAAAAAGUAUCAUUACAAGAGUCAAACCUUCAUACUGACGUGCCAAAUGUGUUGAAUGAUUAAUUUCACAAUCGUAUCAGUGGGAUUUCAAAUAGAGUAACUAUUUAUGCGAGCGACGAUAGCAACAAUGUCAUUAUGUCCUCAAGUUUACCUGUUUUAAAGUGACUGGAAUAAUUAUUUUAUUGAUUAACCUCGUACAGUUUGUAUAUAUAUGAUAUGAACCUUGUACAUCACUGCACCCAUACAAUGGGACUACUACUGCAUUCCAGUUUAUACUAGUGUCCUGCAUGUGUACUUUAUUGGUACUAAUACGUUUACAUUACUGGAGUUUUUAUUCCUAUUCCCCUUCAGAGCUAUCGCACUAUGUAAUGCUGUCAUUUUUUUAUCUAAAUAUUUUGCAUGUACACAUCCAGUUUAUAUAACUACUUGAUUACUUCUAUUCUGUUAUUUUAUACUUAGUAUUCAUCCAUUUUAUAUUAUCUUCAGAAGUGUACGUCAUGAAGUAUUCAUUUAUUUACAGACAUGUUUUCUUAUCAGAAUGCAUGCGUUUUCUCUCUGCGAUUCUGCAAUACGUACCAAGAGUAUC